AUCACUCCCACCCAUUGUCGUCAUCCCCUGAAUUAUCGCCCCGAAAUGUGGGUCUCAUGGCAGGUGUCUUGAUGCUUCAGGGGUCAUGAACUCCGAGUACAGAUGCUAAUAGAGGAGUGAAAGCAGCUUUUGCCUUCGCCCCGGCUGCUUGAGUGACAUUGAUCUUGCAGUAGAGAGACAGUGUCGUCCCCCAGAGACCGCCUGCAUGGACCGAGGCUACAUUUCCCCCUUUUCACUGUAUGAAAAGGGGGCAGGAGUUCACACGCUUCCGCUAACUUAUCUGCAACUUCAAAAGCAAAACAUAAAAAUAUAAUCUUUUCAGCCCUCUUGUGACUAUUAACACGUUCCUUCAGACCAAAUGGAAGGAAAAGGUUCCUCAUUUUUGAAUCCAGGCAGUAGGGGGAGGGUUUAAAUAGACAUUUCCACUUACUUCUUUACUUCUUAGCGAAACACUCGCUGCCCAGACACAAAGCAGGUUUUUGUUUGUGCUGCUUCGACCAGCUGGCCGAGGUGCUAAAGCUGUGUGUGGGACAAGAUGUGGGAUCAAGGUGAGGACGGUGCAUCCACAGACUCUGACGGGGAGAGCGUCUUAUCCUCCGAAGAUGAGGGAGACAUUCAGUACGAGAUCCUGGAGAAGCAGAGGGAUGAAGCCAAUCAGAAGCUGUCUGAUUUGGAGGAAGUUUCCAGUCAGCUCCUGAAAGAGAUGACUGUGUUGGAGAUGCAGUUCCAGAUUGAGCGUACCUGCAGGGAGAGUGCUGAGGCUCUCGCACUCAAGGUGACCAAAGAGAACAAAGCCCUGCAGAGGAGGAGCCAGAUGUUGAUGCCGCUCAUCAACGAGCUGCCUGAAAACCUGGUUGCCGCGGCCUUUGACCCGGAGACCAGCCCCGCGGCCGGCGGUGACGAGGUCGAUUUCGGCGGGGACAGAAGCGAGGACACGCUGCUGCUGGAGAGUCAAGCCAAGAUCACAGAGCUUCAGGCGUCGGUGGACGGUCUGCUGGCCGAGAAGCUGCAGCUGGAGCAACAAGUGGAGGAUCUGACCAGAGAGCAGGUCCAACUCAGAGACCAGCUAGCUCUGGAGGUCGAGGAGAAAGAGGCCCUCCUGAGGACGAUGAGCAAACAGAGCAAGACCAUGAAUAAGAUCAAACGAGUCUCCAAGCUUGUCACGGAGGAGUUCACAGAGAUGUCUCAGAAGCUGGAGUUGGAGCAGGACCUCAGGCAACACGCUGAAGUCUUGGCCCAUCAGAUGCUGGUGGAGAAGAAGGUAACCCCAGGACAGAGCGCGGUGGAGGUGCAGAGCCCAGAGCCUGGCCUCCAGCUGCAGCUGCAGCAAGCGCUGGAACAAAUAUCUCAGAUCAGCUCAGCCCUGUGUGUUAUACAGCAUCACUACCAGGACCAGGUGAAGCAGAAUCAGAGCGAGGUGCGGGAGAGCAGUGUCCUCCCUGAGCUGCAGGACCUUAGAGAGCAGCUGGAGAAGAGUGAGGAGGAGAGGAAGACUUUAGAAAGGCUGCUGUCUGAGGCUAACAGCACCGUCACUCAACUCCAGGAAGAAGUCAAACAGCUACAAGAAACCCCGAGCAGAGAGGAUAAAUCUGACGAGCUGUUGGAGGAUUCCGCUCCCGCUCCACCUCCACCUCCACCGCCGCCUCCUCCUCCUCCUCUGCCUCCCCCUCCUCCGCCGACCACCACCAAUUUUCUUGAUUUUCUGAAGAGUCGGAAGAAAAAUGGAAUCACUGGAGAUCAUCCAAAUAAACCAGCAACAGCGACGGACACGAAGGCAAAAGCAGUGGAUGAAAUGAUGGAGAGAAUAAAGAAUGGCAUCAUCCUGAGGCCCAUCAAGAGAGUACAGGAGGAGGACAGCUCGUGGAAGGACCAGAGGAGUGAAAACAGAAAAUCAGCCGUCUUGGAGUUGAAAGGAAUGCUGGACAACAUAAAACGACAGCACCAUCGCAGAGUGCCAUCCAGAAGGGGAACGGGCCGAAAUGUCGGGGAGGCAGAGCUCCUGCUGGUGCUCCAGAGGAGGAGGAGAGUGAUGGGAGACCAGGAGCCGUCGUCUUCAACUCAAUCACAGGAUCUCCAGCCUGGUCAGCAGGAUGCCCCAGUGACAGGAGACAUUCCCUGGGCGAAUGAGAGCGGCAGCGCCCCUGUGCUCCGGAGGCUGAAACAGAACAGGGAGAAGAGAGACUCUCGCAUCAGAGCAUCAGCUCUAAUGAUCAGCCACGAAAAUUGCUGGCAGUCAGAGAAAUGAACCAAAUAGCUUGCUUUGCCCCUAAAGGAGUAAUAUAUACAACAUUAAUAUGAAUGCAUGUGCUGCCUUACAGAACUAUUUUAGUGAAUAACUUGUUGGUAUUAAAAAAAUAAUUAAAAAAAUAAAAAAAAUAACUCAAAUAAAGUGAUCAGCACACUGACAGAAAA